UCUUUCAUCAUGGCACACGUCAGCAGAGCGCGCCCUCUGUUCAUGUAUUUGUGUAUAUGUGAUGUGGAGAGAGAAGAGAGUGGAUAGUGGUUCUCCCAUGUGAGAGAGGAAUCGUACGAAACGUUUCGGAAAUUAAUUCGAUAGAAUGGUACUCAUCGCCGCUGCAGUAUGCACCAAAGCUGGAAAGACUAUAAUCUCUCGACAGUUUGUCGAAAUGACGAAGACGAGAAUAGAGGGCCUACUCGCUGCAUUCCCGAAACUGAUGAGCUCGGGUAAACAGCAUACAUUUGUGGAAACUGAAUCUGUCAGAUAUGUAUAUCAACCUCUUGAGAAAGUAUACAUGUUGCUUAUUACGACUAAGGCUAGUAAUAUUCUGGAGGAUCUGGAAACUUUAAGGCUUUUUGCAAGGGUGAUUCCAGAAUAUUGCAACUCGAUGGAUGAGCUUGAAAUAGCAGAGAAUGCAUUCAAUUUGAUAUUUGCGUUUGAUGAGAUAGUUGCAUUAGGCUAUAGAGAGAAUGUUAAUUUAGCACAAAUCAGGACUUUUGUAGAAAUGGAUUCACAUGAGGAAAAGGUUUAUCAAGCAGUCAGAAUGACGCAAGAACGUGAAGCUAAAAAUAAAAUGCGCGAGAAAGCAAAGGAAUUGCAGAGACAAAGAAUGAUGGAAGCUAACAAGAAGGGAGGAAUUAAAAGUCCUGGAUUUGGUGGGGGAUAUGGAAGUGGUAGCACUCCAGCCACUCCAACUGUCGGCGAUACAGCUAAUUUUGUGCCUGAACCGAUUAGACCUUCUUAUAAACCUAAACAAAAACCAGUUAAUGCUGGACCAGGUGCAAUGAAAUUGGGUGGCAAAUCGCGCGAUGUGGAUUCCUUUGUUGAUCAGUUGAAGGAGGAGGGUGAAAAUGUUGUGUCAGGACCUCUUGCUGCUCCUGGAACGAAAUUGGCGCCAACUCCUCAAAUAAUGAACACAGAAUUGGUUCACUUGAGGCAAGAAGAGAGACUCAAUGUACGUGUCGGUCGGGAUGGAGGUUUACAGAAUUUCGAAUUGCAUGGUUUGGUGACUUUACAUAUCUCUGAUGAGAAAUGGGGACGUAUCCGUGUGCAAGUUGAGAAUAGAGAUACGAGAGGUAUUCAAUUACAAACUCAUCCAAACGUGGAUAAGGAAUUAUUCAGAGCGCAUGGACAAAUAGGUUUGAAGGUACCCACAAAACCAUUUCCACUAAAUACUGACGUUGGUGUGUUGAAAUGGCGUUUCCAAGCCCAAGAUGAAACAGCAUUACCAAUUUCAAUAAAUUGUUGGCCUUCUGAAAACGGAGAAGGCGGCUGCGAUGUGAAUAUCGAAUACGAAUUGGAGCAGGCUGAUCUUGAAUUGAACGAUGUCCAGAUAAACAUUCCUCUAUCUAUCGGAUGCAAUCCUAUCGUUAGCGAAUGCGACGGACAAUAUACGCACGAGGCACGACGAAACAUGUUAGUUUGGUCUUUACCGGUGAUCGAUGUUUCAACAAAAUCUGGUUCGAUGGAAUUUUCGGCCCCUUCUUCUACACCCGCAGACUUUUUCCCACUUCACAUCUCGUUUACAUCUAAAACGCCAUAUGCCAAAAUCAAGGUUAGCGAAGUUUUGCUUGUAGAAGAUGAGAGCCCUGUAAAGUAUUCAGUAGAAUCUGUAUUCUUUACUGAUAAUUAUGAAGUUGUAUAAGACAGAAAGAAUAAAUAAAAUAUUUGCGCAUAUAAAAAAGAAUGAAAGAGGACAUGAAAAUAGAGAUAAUUCAAUGGGACGCGUAAUGUUACAAUUAAUAAUCAAAAUUGAUUACUAUUUGUUUUGAUUUUAUUGCCAUACAAUCAUUCCUUGAUGAUUGAUGAGCAUAUGUUGUACAUCUAUAUACACGCGUCAAAUUUUAUUAUUACAUUAAUAACUGUCCAAUGCCGAAUGUUUGUAAAAAAGAAAAUGUAUUAUUAUUAGAAAAAAAUUGGACUCGUGAAAAUUUGUCAUAUAUUUACUUUUUAUUUAAUACAUAUAUUUUAGUAUAUUACAAUAGUGCGCCUGAAAAGGAUUGUAUUAUUACCAAAUAUAUAUAUAUAUAU